AUGCUGAAUACAUCGUUUUCUUUACCCCCGGGGCAAGCUUCUCCUACGCUCUUUCAGUCAAACACAACACACAACUUCUAUCAAACUAUGGAAUCAUCGGUCUUAUAUCCCAACUGUGAUUUUGGUAUUUGGUUUCGUUCGGUAGAUGAUACCAGUACUACGGAAGAGCCUAUCGUCGGGAAAGUAACAGGAACUAUUCCAAAAUGGAUCAAUGGUUGUCUGUAUCAAAACGGUCCUGGUCUUCUCGAUGUAACUGGACAGCGAGUCAAUCAUCUGUUCGAUGCCUUUGCAUUGAUUCAAAAAUUUACGGUCACCAAUGGUCAUGUUAUGUAUCAGAAUCGAAUUCUGCAGUCCGAUGCAUAUAAGAAAGCAUACGAAACAGGCCGGUCCUGUUAUUCGGAAUAUGGAACAGCAAAGGAUAAGGAUGAAUCCGAUGCUUUGAAUGCAAAGAAUAAAUCCGGAUCAAGCUUGGCGUGGUUUUUCUCUAGAUUUCAACAGUUGUUUGAGUCGAAGAACGACUUUCGUUCAGACAAUGCUUUAAUCAGCAUUUAUCCGUAUCGCGUAAAAAAGGACAAAGUUGCGCUGUUCGCGAUGACUGAGACGCCAGUCAUGCAUGAAAUUGACCCAGAUUCUAUUGAAACCGUUUCUAAAUUUCACGUAGGUGAACAUGUGCCUAUUGUUUCUCAUUGUGGCCAUGCAGUUGUCCUCAAUGAUGGUACCGUGUUCAACGUUGGUUUGUCAUCAGGCUUCACCGGUAUGAACUAUGUUAUAUUCGAGUUUCCAGGUGGUUCAGAAAGCAAUAUGGAGGAAAACCUCAUGCAAAAAUGCCGAGUUUUAACCAAAAUUCCAUGCCGUUGGUCAUUCAAUCCGUCGUAUAUGCAUACAUUUGCUGUCACUGAAAAUUAUUUUGUUCUUGUUGAACAAUCACUUUGUAUAUCUCUUGCACGAGUUCUUCAGUUGACAAUAACACAUGGUCCGAUGACAGAUGCAUUCGCUUGGUAUGGAAACGAGCCAGUGCGUUUUCGCUUGAUUAAUCGUCAUACAAUGGCCGAACAUGAUGAAUACAUCUACCUUGCUCCAGCAUUCUUCUUUCUUCAUACCAUCAACGCCUAUGAAGAUAAAAAUAACGUUGUUAUUGAUAUCUGCUGUUAUGAAAAUGCCGACAUGCUUCAAUGUAUGACAAUUGAGGAACUUGAAAAAGGUCAACUGAAUCCCGACUUUGCUAAACAAUUUCGUGGCCGACCAAAACGAUUCGUUUUACCAUUGUCACUAGAGAGCGAUGGAAACGAACCAUUGGGUGUGGAUUAUUCAUCAUGUAAAGUAACAUUGUUGGACUCCAACAACCUUUGGAUCGAACCGGAAUUGAUUGCUGAUGUUGGUUGUGAAUUACCACAAAUCGAUUAUAAUCAAUUCCACGGAAAAUUUUAUCGAUAUUUCUAUGCGAUCAAUAGUGAUGUGGACUAUGAACAAUGUGGAGCACUUCGAAAGAUUGAUAUUCUCUCAAAAACAACGAUCAGUUGGCACGAGGAGGGAUGCUACACAUCCGAACCAAUCUUCUUACGAAAUCCUGACAAUGAACAAGGAGAUGAAGACGAUGGUGUCUUGCUUGUUUCGUUACUGCGAACAAAUCAUGACAACGAAGUGAGUCUUCUGGUAUUGAAUGCCCGAGAUAUGACAGAAAUUGGGCGCGUUCAAUUCGAAGCACAUGGACCCGUGCCUAAAUGUCUACAUUGUUUAUGGCUCGAUACCAAACCGGAAUAA